CUAAUUAAUCACCAGCCCAUCCUGAGCCCCGCCCUCCUGGACCACCUCAUCAACAACGACAGGAAGCUGCCCCCCGAGUACAGCCUCCCCCACACCUACAUCGAGAUGCAGUCCCUGCAGAUCGCUGCCUUCCUCUUCACCGUCUGCCACGUGGUGCUGCUGGUGCAGGACUGGUUCACCGACCUGGGCCUCUACAGGUUCCUGCAGACGGCCGAGAUGGUGAAGCCCUCCACCCCCUCCCCCAGCCACGAGCCCCCCGGCGCCGCGGGCCCCGAUGAGCCCUCCGAGUACUACCCACACCUGGUGUUCGUCCAGACCAGGGCUCGCCCGGAGGCCUUCUGCCCUCGGCGGCUGCGGCAGAUGCACCAAGUGCUGGACAGGCUGAUGGCUCACUCCCACCUCAAGUACAAGGGGUCCCUGCCCGCGCGGGAGCUGCUCCCGGCCCUGCCGGAAGGCUUCCUCGACCCGGAAGUGAAUCUCUUCCUCCUGCCCCCGCUGGAGCCUGAGGGCCCCGAGGAGACCCUGCCCAGGCCUGGCGGGGCAGGGGCUCCCCUCUUCCCCCAGCUGCCCCAGUUCCGGGGCCAUGGCUCCUUUGGGACCCUGCUGGGAAGGCUCCGGGGCAGGGUCCUGGCGGCCGCCCGAGCCCAGCUCUCACACACCCUGCUGACUGAGAGGAACUGGUUCCACUACGCUGCCCGGAUCUGGGACGGGGUGAAGAAGUCCUCGGCCCUGGCGGAGUACAGUCGCUUACUGGGCUGAACUGGGCUGGACUGGGGGGGCCAGGAGCCCCCAGUCUGGGCCAGUCCCACCCCCAGACCCCUGCCCAGUCCCUCCCAGUCCAACCAG